GGCAGCUUCUAGUUGCAAUUUUCUUCUAGGUCCUGGCUAUUAAACUGAGGAAGACACAAUGGAUCUGGCAUAUAUCUGUGAGUGGGAGAAGCGUCCAAAGAGUAACCACUGCCCGUCCAUUCCACUGGUCUGUGCCUGGUCUUGUCGCAAUUUGAUUGCUUUCACCACAGACCUCAAAAAUGAGGAGGAAAAAGACCUCACCCAUAUGGUCCACAUCCUUGACACAGAACAUCCGUGGGACGUCCACUCCAUCAAUUCCGGACACAUUGAAAUAAUUACCUGCUUGGAAUGGGAUCAGUCAGGAUCCAGACUGCUCUCUGCUGACGCUGAUGGGCACGUCAAAUGUUGGAGUAUGAUGGACCACCUGGCCAACAGCUGGGAGAGUGAGGUGGGCAGUGAAGUGGAAGGAGACCCAAUAGUGGCACUUUCUUGGCUGCACAAUGGGGUGAAACUGGCUUUGCACGUGGAGAAGGGUUCUGGACCUGCAUCAGGACCUGUUCGCCCAGGUCACAGUUUCCUUCGGGAUGGGGCCUCCCUGGGGAUGCUCCGUGAGCUGAUGGUCAUGAUCCGGAUCUGGGGCCUCUUGAAGCCAAGCUGUCUUCCCAUUUAUACGGCCACGUCUGAUACGCAGGACAGCAUGUCCCUCCUCUUCCGGCUUCUUACCAAAUUGUGGUUGUGCUGCCGUGACGAAGGGCAUCCCAGCGAGCCGGACGAUACCUUGAUCGACGAAUGUUGUCUCCUACCCAGCCAGCUCCUCAUCCCAAACAUGGAUUGGCUUCCGGUGAACGAUGCCAUCAUCAGCAAGCUGCAGAACAAGCAGCCAGUCCGGCUGCAGUUUGGAAAGCCUCCCGGGAUCAUUGGGCACUCCGCUUCAGUUCCGUGCGACGCGUUUACCAGGACUACGGGGUACCCAAAGAUUGACCACCUGCGGCGGCUCCAUCUUGGAGCUUAUCCUACUGAAGAAUGCAAGUCCUGUACAAGGUGCGGCUGUGUUACAAUGCUCCGUUCCCCCAAUAAGACCACGGCUGUGAAACAGUGGGAGCAGCGAUGGAUCAAGAAUUGCCUUUGUGGUGGUCUUUGGAGAAGAAUGCCCCUCAGCUAUUCAUGAUGGAUGCCAGGGCUCUUUGCCUUACCCAGAUGGGAUUUGUGAGGAGUUUUGCAGCUUACUCCAGAAACUCCAUUCAAAAAAAAAACAUCCUGGAGGAAAAAAAAAAACCCAACAUAAGAUACAACUUCCAGAAAGAGUUGCAGGUGGACUUUCUUGGGCCAAAGCACCAAGAGAAAUCAAUGGGAGGCGCUGGAGGAAUUUGAAUUGAUUGGCACUUCUGGUAGCAAAUGGAAUUUGGCCAGUGCCAAAGUUGCAUUGAUAUCCCUAAAUUGCACCUCAGUUUCUCCUCUUAUUAAAAAUGGCAGCUUUUAGUUCAACAUUCAGGAAGGGUUAAAAUGCUGCAUUUAAAAAAUGAAGCAUAUUUUAGCAUUGUUCAAUUUGCAGAAAAGUAGACAAUUAUAGGAAAGAGAAGAGCUUUUCUUGGUAUAUGAAUUUGCUUCACGCAGAAAAUUGGGGGGAGAAGGUUUGGGGAGACAGUCUAACUAUGAACAUUCUCCCCUAUUUUUCUUUCCAUUUGCUCAAAACUCCCUGUGUCUAGAACAGAGGUCUCCAAACUUGGCAACUUUAAGACUUGUGGACUUCAACUCCCAGAAUUCUCCAGCCAGCUAUGCUAUGUCAUACUGGCUGGAGAAUUCUGGGAGUUGAAGUCCACAAGUCUUAAAGUUGCCAAAUUUGGGGACCCCUGGUCUAGAAACUCAUGUGUUGGGAAACUGAGGUUAAACUAUUCCAGUCCUUCUCUACUUCUGCCUGCGGUCUGAAAUAAUCCAGCCUAAAAUUCUUCCAUUUGCGGAAGAGUUGGUUCUUCUCUCACAUACAGCCGAUAUGCCUGCUUUUGAACUUCUAGCUCUACAUAAUUCAAAGACUAUUUCUUUGAAAAGUAUGUGAUGAUAUAAGGAUUUGAAAACCACAACUUGGAUCUUAUCCUUUUUAAAAAUUUCCUGGGCUACGAGACUCCAGACUCCACAGAUCCUUCUGUUAAAAUCUAGGGAGGGAAAGGAGUCCCCUGCAUAGGAGUUGCAAUUUUUUUUUUUGCAAUUUUUUUUAGUCUCUGACAAAUAAGCGGGUGCCUUUCUUUGUGCCCAAUAAUUCUGUGUUUUCUCAGAAAGUGGUGACAGCAAAGAAGAUAAAAACAUUCAUGGAUAAGCAAUGGUUUUGUUCAUAUUGUAACAGGAUCUAGUUUGUACAGAUUAUAAUUAUACAGUUUUGUAUGCUUUGUAAAUUGAGAACUUUUUUUAUUCUUUGUUUUUCCUCAUGAAGUACUUCCCUCUCUCUCUGAACUUUUAAAGCAACCCCCCCCUUAAAAGGAACACCCUCCCUCCCUCCCUCUCAAAUACAGCUUGGAACAGUUUUUAAGUUCCUUCUGUUUUGAAGUUCGCUUUGCCAUUUUAUUUGCAGGAAACAAUGAUGGGAGGAAAUGGUGGAAGAGAGGUGAAAGCAGUUGGAAGUUAUCCAGGACCAGCAAUUCUUGAUUUUUGUGUUUGUAGUGAUCAGCCAGUUAAUACAGGUAGUCCUUGACUUAGA